ACAUCGGAGCUGCUCGUGGCCGCUCCGUCGCUCUCAGUGGGCCUUUAAAAACAACCUUCCAUUGGAUUUACUGUUGUUGUUUUUUAAACCACCGCAACAAUGUGACGCUUUUGUAAAUUCGUGUUUUUGUUUAGUUUGCCUCCUUUCAAUCGACUACAUUCAUUAUUUUGUCAUCCAUCUGGACCGAUGUAGGGGUAACCGUCCUGAGGGUUCGGAGGGGAUUCCAUUUGUUUUUCUUUCCCCGGGAGUGCACCGUAAUAUGUCCAGACGGAAACAGACCAACCCCUUCAAAGUUGACUGUAGGUAUUUAAGGGCCAUUCCAAACAAGCGGCAUCGCAGGAUUUCAGCACACCAUUAACAUGGACGGCAGGGACGAGUUCACCGAAGACAGUGAAUGCUGCAGCAACAAUUCCCAGGAAGUCCUCGGACAGGAGAGCAUCUCAGAAGACAGCGAUAGCGACCUCGACCACCACGGCGAAGACUCCUCGUCCAACACCUCGGCUGAUGACCACAUGACUGCCAAGAGGGCGCAGUGCCGCCUGCAAGGAGCGGGAGUCAAAGAGGAAAACGAGGAAGGGUCCGACCACUUUGUAUGUCCUCUUUGCACAAUGGACUUCAGCAGCCCUGAGAAGCUCAUCUCCCACGUCUACCAGCACACGAGCAUGACGAGCAGCACCAAGAGCUACGUGUGUCCCGUGUGUGGGCGAGCGCUGAGUUCGCCCGGCUCGCUGGGACGCCAUCUUCUCAUCCACUCCGAGGACCACCUCUCCAACUGUGCCGUCUGUGGAGCACAUUUCACCGACACCACCAACUUCAACAGAGAGAAGCUGAAAGAUGUCCUGGAUACGACCAGGCUGGAUGUAUCAGGUGGAAGGGACACGUGUCCCCUGACCCACUCGCUCUCCAGCAGUCCCAUGGCCAGUCCAGGACCCGACCCUCUUUCCUGCCACAGACCAGGACCAGGUCCCAGUUCCUGUCAGGGCCCUCAGCCAUGCCAAGUUCCCGACCCCAGCACAGGUCUCUGUCAGGCCCAUCGAACGUGUCACGAGUCGGACCACAUCUCCAGCUUGUGUCAGGGUCCUGGACCAGACCGAGGUCCCUCUUUCCCCUCGCUGCCUGACAGUCUGCUCUCUGAAGGACCGUCGCUCGCGUCCAUCCCCGACUCCCUUAACUCCUCCCCCUCCGGUCUUCCUCCAAUCCCAGACAUCCUGAGUCCGAUGCCCGUGUAUCCUGCCGGAGUUCUCCUGGUGUGCAACAGCUGCGUGGCCUACCAGCAGCUGGUGGACGCCCAGUCCCCCGCACGCAAAUGGGCUCUGCGCAGGAAAAGCGAGCCGGUAGAGGCGCGCAUGCACCGCCUGGAGCGCGAACGCACGGCCAAGAAGAACAAGCGCGCGUGCGAGACGGACGAAGAGCGGGAACUGCGGCGUCUGCGGGACCGCGAGUCCAAGCGCAUGCAGAGGAUGCAGGAGACGGAGGAGCAGCGGGCGAGGCGUCUUCAGCGGGACAGGGAGGCCAUGCGCAUGAAGAGGGCCAACGAGACGCCCGAGAAGAGGCAGGCCAGGCUGAUACGCGAGAGGGAGGCAAAGAGGAUCAAGCGGCGGCUGGAGAAGAUCGACCCCGCCCUCAGGACGCAGAUAGAACACGACCCCGCCGCUAUGGCUGCCCUGACGGCGGACAUGAGCCUAUUUCAGUUCCCCUGCUCCGUCCCUUCUAUGGAUAAUGGACUCUUUAUGAAGCUGCCCUAAGAACACCACUUUCACUUUCACUUCAUUCUAACGCUGCCUUCACACUUGUCUUUGCUGCACUUAAACCAACUCUCAUGUUUAUGGCGUCAAAGCAGUAACAAAAUCCUCGCACGUAAAAACCACACUCAUGACCUCUCUGCACGAGCAAUUCAUUUUGCGCACUGCAAUUUAAUUGCCAUUUGCCAAGAUUUUAAAUUGUAUUUCUAGAGAUUUCACUAGUUUUAAGAGCUUAUUUGAUUAUUUUUAAUGUUUUAAUAAUAAAAUUGUAUUUAGUCUAUUCUCGUUAAAAAAAAUUAAAAUUGAGAAAAUAACUACCGGUUUUCAAAAAAGAUUUUUGGUUUAUCCCCGCAUAGAAAAUACUGUUCUGCAAUAUCUCGAGGAUGCUUAAAUUAAGAAUUGCAAGUAGAAGAUUGCUUGUUUUCAAAAUAAAAUGCUUAUUUCUAUCUUUAUAGUCCUGCCAAUUACUAGAUAUACAAAUCUUAAUUUAGGAUGUCUUAUCAAGUAAAAUUAUCUGUACAUGCAGCUACUUAAUACCUCUAGUUUUUAGUAUUUUUCCCUGAAAUCAAAUAUUUUGACAGCUCACUUUUGCAGUGUGCGCACGUAGACUCAUUUUGCACAUUUGGACCCAUUUUGUGCAUACGUAAACACAUUUUUAGCCCAUGUAAGCUAACUUUGCACACAUGCGGACUCAUUUUGUUCAUUAGCAAACAAAUUUUUUGCCCAUGCGGACUAAUUUUGCACAUGUGCAGACUAACUUUGUCCAUACGUAAACAAAUGUUUUGCCCAUGCGGACUCAUUCUGUGCAUAUGCAAACACAUUUUUCCCAUGCGAACUCAUUUUGCACACGUGUGGACUCAUUUUGCACAUAUACUGACUUUUUAUGUGCGAGUGUGGACCAAUUUUGAUAUGCAAACACAUUUUUUGCGCGUGCUGACUAAUUUUGUACAUACGAAAACAAGUUUUGACCAUGCGGAUUAGUUUUGCACGUGUGUUUUGCACUCAUUUUGCGUGCCUACGGACUCAAUUCAUGCAUGUGCAAACUAAUUUUUUGUACAUGCAGACUCAUUUUAUGCAGGCACCAACCAGUUUUUUGCGCAUGUGGACUCCUUUUGCAUACGUGCAGACUCAUUUUGUGCAUACGCAAACCCAUCUUUUGACCACGUGGAUUAGUUUUCACACAUGCCGACUCAUUUUGUACACACAAAGACUCAUUUUAUGCAUGCGCAAACAAAUUUUUUCACAUGAGCAAACACAUUUUUUGUGCAUGCGCAAACUAAUUUUUCACACGUGCAGACUUAUUUUGUGCAUGGGCCAACUCAUUUUAAGCUUGUGCAGCCUCUUCGCGUGUGUGGCAUCUUUUUGCACGCACACAGACUCUUUUUGCACUUGCGCUUUCUCUUUCCCCACCCGUGCAACGUUCCACUCUUUUGGCACUAAGGGGCGGGCAAUAAAUGGACGGCCUAGCAUCUCCCCUCCUUUCUGAUUGGUCACCAGGAGACAGUAGGUGUUUAAGGCGACCAAUCAGAAAGAAGGGGAUAUGCUGGGCCGUGUAAUCAAAAAUGUCAAAAUGUAGAAUGUCGGAAAAGACACAUGGCGAACAAUUGCACACACAGAGGCCUCAUGGGCUUAAAAUUAGUUUGCAGUCAUGUGCAAAAUGCAGUGAGCUUUUUACGCGCCAAGAUUGUGGCCCUUUUUUGACAUCAUACAUGUUGCAUGUUGUGUGUGUCAAAGGCGCGCUCCUCAAGUCUAUUUUAGAAGAUUUUUAAGCAGGUAUAUACAGUAAUACCUCCGUUCCAAGAGCUCCUAUGAAGACUGAAUUAUUUUUCAAUCAAAUUCCAGACACCCUGAAAUAUGAACAGGAAAGACGUUUUAUGGAGAAUAAUCCUAGUUGUAUGCACACAAAACAAUAUGAAAAGUGUGUAAAUGAUGAAAGAAAUGAUCACGUUUACUUUUAUUGAAGAUUGAGGCCAAGGGAGGAGCCACACAAUGUUCUUUCUUGAAUUCAGUAGUUUCUCACCUGCUUUAUCAAAGUACUCACAACUUUCUUUGGCCCCAUUGUGGAUUCAAUUGUAGUCAUACUAAAAAAUUUAAAAAAAGAUUGAUACUGAGUCCCCAACGCAAAGGAUCCUUAGUUUGGGAGAUGAUAUCUGAUCAAACGUACUAUUUUGUUAGGUGCAAUAUUUGGCUGUACGAUAACCGAUACACCAAAACCGGAGAAACGUUAAAAAAAAAAAAAUCAUAAAUAAAUAAAUUGAUAAAAUCAGAGCUGGAUGUGAAAACAACAUAAUACUGUGUUUCCUGAAAACUGCCCAUUCAUGUCCGUACUUGAGACUUUCUCCACUGAUGGUGGAGACGGCGGCCAUUUACAUAAUUGUCUCUUUCAAAAGCAGGACAGGUUAUAGGUGGUUUUUUUGUUUGUUUUUUCAAAAGACAAAAACAGCUUGCGUGUCUGUGACAACGUGUAAUGUUUGAGUAUUGAAGCACAAGUGUGAACGCAGCCUCAACAAGACUUUUCUUUCUUGUGGUGAAGAAUGUUCCAACUUGAUUCGUUCGAGCAUGUUGUAAAGAGAUUUGAUUUGAAGAGAUGUUUUUGCACAUAAUUCAUAAUAUCAUGUGGACUUUGUAGCCAUAGAGCCCAAAUCCCUUCCUCCUCACCUUCUUCAAGCUGCCGCAUCAAGUCGUUGAUGUUCACUCAACCUUCUACCUCACAUGACUGAUGUUUCUACUAGUGCUGUCCCACUAGUACUACCUACUAGUACUACUUACUAGUAUUACAUACUAGUACUACUUACUAGUGUUGUCACUACUUCAUCGGACCAAAAGCAAGAGUCCUCAUGAGAACUACAGCUUCUCUUUGUGGUCCCAAAGUACUACAAACUAGGGGUGUCCCAAUUCCAUAUUGACAUCGGUCUGAUAUCAGCAAAAAAACAAAAAAAAAGUAUCGGAUGAUAUCGACUUGCAUGUAAAAUGUCCCUGCUUCCUGGAGGGCAUUUAGGACUCCUUGUAUCGAACGUUUGAUCUUUUAUUGUGUUUUAGCGGUUUUAACGAUAAACAUGGAAGGCUAUAAGCUACUAGGAGCUAGCAGCUACACAGCAGCUAAGCACACAAUAGCACACAUGCUAAACCAGUCCUUGUGGGGCGCGGUGUGAGGCUUUUUUUUUUUCCCGUACCAGAAUAUGAUGAAGCGUGUUACCAGGGUGGGAGACGAGGAAAGACCAGUGUGUUGUUUCCUUUAAUGGUAAUACGCUUACAAUGUUAUGCAGAGGUAUAGUUAUAACAAUUUUAUAGACAAAUUAUACUGUUUGUCUAUAAUAGUAUAGGAGGCGUAAACAUUUUUUUUUGAGAAGUACUGCGCUAGACAUACGUAAAAGUGUCCUUAUUUGAACAAUAUUGCAGUCUAAAACAUGACGUUUGUCAAUGUAAACAAAUGUCAAAUCAUUUUAGUUGCAUAUGACUUACAUUUACAAAGUCUCCAAGGCAGAAGCAUAUUAGAAAUAAUUCAGUAUCAAACGUGUCUGCAUUAUUCAACUAACUGCCUCACUGCUAAAUCUUUCAUUAAGUUAGUGUUUUUCAUACCUACCAUUGUUCUCUGACUAAGUUCACUUGAUCAAACCUUUUCUAACAUUCUACACUACAUAAUACAAGUUUGUUUUUCCUGCUGAUAUCGUAUCAGAUUAAUAUCAACAUCGGCUAACAUUCAAGGCUCCUACAUUGGUAUCAUGUUGGAAGUGGAUAAGUUGAAUCGGGACACUCCUACUGCCUACUAGUCAUGGUCUACUAGUACUGCCUACUAGUAUUGUUCUACUAGUACUGCCUACUAGUAUUGUUCUACUAGUACUGCCUACUAGUAUUGUUCUACUAGUACUGCCGCUACUUCAUUGGACCAAAAGAAAAAGUGUGUGUCCUCUUGAGUACUACAACUUCUCUCAGAGUACUACAAACACGAUGACAACUUCUCUACUCGGUUUUCUGACAUUUUCUGCUCUUGUGCUCAAUCAGUGCUGCUGUUUCUCCUCAUGACUGUACGAUACAUGUUAUUACCUCUUAUUAUUAUCAUCAUCACUGGCAGUAAAAUAUGCUCCAAAAAUGUCCUUACUUGAAUUGGGCCUGAGUUGGUUGGAUCUUCAGGCCUUGCUUGGUAGCGUUCACUGCACGACUUUGCAAACAUUGUCACCGAUAAUCACCAUGAACCUCAUAUUUAUGCAAUAUUGUCUCCAUGUUUUUCCUUGUCACUCUUUUGUUCUUUUUUUAUAUUUAAAACAUGGUAUUUUCUUGCUGCAUUUGUUCCCAACAGCGUUUGCAUGUGUUUGUGUCACUCCCAGACCAACCUGUCAAGCAGCAUCAUUUUCCAUAUGAAGUUACUCAUCUUACAACAAUAAAGUUGGAGUAAAAGUAUUGGCAGUAAAAAAAAAUGAAGACUUGAUUUACCAAAUGUCAACAUUUUAUGAUCAAAUUAAAUCUGCAACUAGUUAAGAGAGCUUCCGUACUCAUCAGAUAUUGUUACAUAUUAGCUCAAAAAUAUUCAUCUUUAUGCUCAUUAAAUUCAGCAUUUCUAUCUCAUGAUAAUCAAAUUGUAUUCACAUUAAAUGACUACUUUUUCCUUCAAAUAUAACUAUUUUUAUCAAAUUACAACUGUACAGUCCAUCCAUCUUCUCGUGCUUAUCAAAAGUUGGGUCGCGGGGGCAGCAGCCUAAGCAGAGAAGCCCAGACUUCCCUCUCCCCAGCCACUUCGACCAGCUCCUCCCGGGAGACCCCGAAGCGUUCCCAGGCCAGCUGGGAGACAUAGUCUCUCCAACGUGUCCUGGGUCUUCCCCGUGGUCUCUUACCGGACGGACGUGCCCUAAAAACCUCCCCAGGGAAGCGUCCGGGCAGCAUCCUGACCAGAUGCCCGAACCACCUCAUCUGGCUCCUCUCGAUGGUGGAGGAGCAGCAGCUUUACUCUUGAGCUCCUCCCGGAUGACAGAGCUUCUCACCCUAUCUCUAAGGGAGAGCCCCGCCACCCGGCGGAGGAAACUCAUUUCGGCCGCUUGUACCCGUGAUCUUGUCCUUUCGGUCAUGACCCAAAGUUCAUGACCAAAAGUUAGAAUGGGAACGUAGAUCGGCCGGUAAAUUGAGCGCUUUGCCUUCCGGCUCAGCUCCUUCACCACGACGAACCAAUGCAGGGUCUGCGUCACUGCACGAUCCACUCUUCCCUCACUCUUGAACAAGACUCUGAGGUACUUGAACUCCUCCACUUGGGGCAAGAUCUCUUUCCCAACCCGGAGAUGGCACUCCACCCUUUUACGGGCUAGAACCACAGACUCGGACUUGGAGGUGCUGAUUCUCAUCCCAUUUGCUUCACGCUCGGCUGCGAACUGGUCCAGUGAGAGCUGAAGAUAAUGGCCAGAUGAAGCCAUCAGGACCACAUCAUCAGCAAAAAGCAGAGACAUAAUCCUGCAGACACCAAACAGGAUCCCCUCAACGCCUUGACUGCGCCUAAAAAUUCUGUACAUAAAAGUUAUGAACAGAAUCGAUGACAAAGGGCAGCCUUGACGGAGUCCAACCCUCACUGGAAACAGAUCCAACUUACUGCCGGCAAUGCGGACCAAGCUCUGACACUGAUCAUACAGGGAGCGGACUGCCACUAUCAGACGGUCCGAUACCCCAUAAUCUCCGAGCACCCUCACAAGACUUCCCGAGGAACACGGUUGAUGUAGACUGGUUGGGCAAACGCCCAUGCACCCUCAAGGAUCCUGCCGAGAGUAUAGAGCUGGUCCACAGUUCCACGACCGCACUGUUCCUCCUGAAUCUGAGGUUCGACUAUCUGGCUUAGCCUCCUCUCCAGUACACCUGAAUAGACAUUACCAGGAAGGCUGAGGAGUGUGAUCCCACAAUAAUUGUAACACACCCUCCAGUUCCCCUUCUUAAAGAGAGGAACCACCACCCUGGUCUGCCAAUCCAGACGCACCACCCCUGAUGUCCACGCAAUGUUGCAGAGUCUUGUCAACAAAGACAGCCCCACAGCAACCAGAGCCUUAAGGAACUCCGGGCGGAUCUCAUCCACCCCCGGGGCCCUGCCACCGAGGAGCAUAACUACCUUGGCAACCUCAGCCCCAGAAAUAGAUUCCCCAGACACUGCGUCCUCAUAGGAAGACAUGCAAUUGGGAUUGAGGAGGUUUUCAAAGUAUUCCCUCCACCGAUUCACAACGUCCUAAGUCGAGGUCCGCAGCACACCAUCCCCACCAUACACGGUGUUGACAGUGCACUGCUUCCCCUUCCUGAGGCGGCAGAUGGGGUCCAGAAUCGCUUCGAAGCAGUCUGGAAGUCGUUCUCUAUGGCUUCUCAGAACUCCUCCCAUGUCCGUGUUUUUGCCUCUGAGACCGCCUCGCGCAUCAGCUCAGGCCCCUUCCCCCCCAGUGAGGUGACGUUCCAUGUCCCAAGAGCUAGCUUAUGUAGCCGAGGAUCAGACCGCCAAGGGCCCUGCCUUCACCCGACCUCUAUGCCCCCUCCUAUGAGUGGUGAGCCCAUUGGAGGGCGACUAUACAGUGGUCACAUAAUUAAUGCAUUAAUUUGCAUAAAAUACUUUGUACUCAUAAAACUGUAACCUGUUUGUAAUAAUACAAAUGUAUUCUCGUAAAAACACAAUUUUGUCCUUCUAAUUUUUUAACCCAUAAAAUGACUUUUCACAUUCUUACAAUUUAUUUGCAAUAUUACAAAUAUUUUUGAUAUAAUUUGCAUAAAUUACUACUUUUUCCUCAGAAUAUUCAGACUUCAUUCUCUUAAAAUUGUAACUUAAUUUAAAAUAUUACAAAAUACAGCAAUUUUUCUCAUGAUAUUCUAUUUUAUUCUCAUAAAUUAUUACUAUUUACUUUACGACUAUACUCACAAAAAAGUAUUGUAUUUUAUUGGCAAUAUUACAACCAUACUCAUAAAACUUGCAUUUUACUCGUAUCGUUCCAACUGUGCUCAUAAAAUAUUUGCUGUUUACAUGCGAUAUUGGACUAUACUUGUAAAAUUACUGCAUGUUACUCGUAAUUUUACAACUAUACUCAAAAUUUGUAUUUACUCGUGAUACAUUUGUCUAAUUGUAAUAUUACGACCAUAUUUUAAUGAAAUAUUUUACUUUUAUAACGGACUUUGUUCUCACAAAUAAAAUAUUUUUUUUAUCAUAAUGUCCUGACUUAUUUGACAUAAAAUGACUAAUUUUUUCCUCCUAUUAAAAUAUUCCGACUUCACUCUCAUAAAAUAUUGCAACUUUUGCUUUUUUAUAUUGUGACUUUAUCCUCAUGAAACUACAUUUUCUUGUUAUGACCUUCAUUUUGUGAUACACAGUACUGAUUUAAUUCUCAAAGUUUUUUCUAAUAACUAUUCUCAUAUGAUUUGAUUUUUUGCCUCUGAAAUAUAUAAUUCUUCUAAAAUGACAUUGUCCUAGAAUACUCAAAAUGUAUUCUUGUUGCCUUUUUUCAAAUCUUAGUAUUAGCUCAGUCUCAUAACAUUUCCUUUGGCUCUCUAAAACAAUAGCUUCUAUUGUAAUAUUGUAUGAUGAAUAAUAAAGCCAUAAUGUUGCGGUUUUUUUAAAUUACUGUUUCAAUUUGUCCCUAACAUUUCCAAAAGUCCAAACAAAAGUUCUUCUAGGAGUGCAUCAAACUUUUAUGCAACAUGUUUUGACUUCUUAUUCCAGAGAAAUCAUUUGAGCUUUCAUUGAAACUAUGCAGAGCACACCUUUAUUUGUUUUACUCUGGAAUGCAACUUCUCAGGAGAUGUAAGACAGCAAGGUAGCUUCAUUUCAGGGUCAACAGCAAGGUGUCACAAUGAAAGGCAGGUUCUGUGUUUCAGGUCAUAUUCUUUUUCACCUCACUUUAUGAAUACCAAGUACUUUCUUUUUUGGAAAGUUGCUACAAUUGCAGAGGAAAUGUUAGUAAGUCAAUGUCAGCUUUUAGCUCUGUUGGUGUGUUGCUAAGAUGUUACUGCAUGUGGGAAAUGAUGCCUGCUUCUUCUUUUUUUAAAUACACAUUUACUCCAACAGUUAUGUUUAAUUAAAAAUGGCCUUUCUGUUGAUAUGAGGAUUUCCUCCUGAUGUCAUGUUUACAGCGUAUUGGGCCAACGUUGUCAUCUCAGUGACUGCAUUUAGUUGUGUGCAGUUGGAACCACGUGAUGAAUGUGAAAAUAAAUAUUCUUUUUUCUA